GAACUGCACAGCAGUACACUGAAAGGGUAUUGUAAUUAUAGAGGUCCUCAACUCUUCCCAUGGAGGGAAGAAAUACUUUUUUAUUUUACCUGGCUUGUCUUGUUGCUCUUUCAGGAUCUCAGUCUCAAUAUGACUGCACCUUUGAGACUGGCUACUGUUCAUGGAUACAGGAUACCUCUAAUCACUGGAUUCGUACUCAAGGAACAAAUAGAAAUGGAACUUCACAACCCAUUACUGAUCAUACAUUAGGCAACAAAAGUGGUUGGUAUAUAGAAACAACUGUUCAAGGGACCAAUGGUACAGCACGCCUGAUAUCUCCACAAAUUUCAGCCAACUCUCCAUACUGUCUGCAGUUCUGGUAUUACAUGUAUGGUGCUCAUGUUAAUGCACUAUCCAUUUAUAUUUAUAGAGAUGAAAAUCUUGUUAUACCCCUAUGGACUAAAAGCCAGACACAAGGCAGCCAGUGGAACUAUGGGCAGGUGCAGCUUUCUUCUUUUUCCUACUCUGUCAACAUAGUAUUUGAGGCAGUCCGUGGGCCCUUCUUUAAGGGGGACAUUGGAAUAGAUGACAUCAGAGCUGUGGCAGGAAGCUGUCCUACCACAAAUGGCUUGGUGUGUGACUUUGAGGCUAGUUUAUGUGGAUGGAAUCAGACAACAGCAGAUGAUUUUGACUGGACCAUACGUACUGGUCAAACAUCUACUGUGAAUACUGGACCUUCUACUGAUCAUACCUUAGGUACCUCAUCAGGUCACUUUUUGUAUAUUGGGACCAGCACUCAACAGCAUAUUGGACAAAAGGCACUUCUUGUUAGCUCCUUGGUAACCCAGACCACCCCACAGUGCAUGUCAUUCUUCUACAUACUCAGCGGAGACAGUGUUGGUGCUUUGAAUAUCUACAUCAUGUCUGGUGCUGCCUUGACAAACAGUGAUGUUCCAGUGUGGUCAAAACGAGACAGUCAGGGUGGCACCUGGGUUCCAGGUCAAGCAACCAUUCAGAGACCUUCUUCUUACAGGGUUGUAUUUGAGGGAGUAGUUGGAGCAAGCAGUCUAGCAGACAUUGCUAUUGAUGACAUCAUCGUAAGGAAUGGUAGCUGCUCCUAUCAAGCUGACAACAACUUUGAACAUGGGUUGGGAAUAUGGACUAAUCCAAGUGUAGGAGAUAAUUUUGACUGGCUAUUAGGACAGGCAUCAAUGGGUGCAACUUUCUCUGGACCCAGCAGUGACCACACACUGGUCACUUCAGAAGGACACUACCUGUUUGUUGAUUUCUCCAACCCUGUGCAAGUUGGAGACAUUAGCUGGCUUCAGAGUCCUAUAAUGGAACCAAAUGUGGCCCUGUGUAUGUCCUUUUGGUAUAUCACAAGUUUUGAUGGCACAAAUCUCAUUAAAGUUCUGAAGCAUCCUGCAGUACCAACUAACAGUUCCUCAAUCAAAGUCUGGUCGAUCUUUGAUCUUCCUGCACCAAGUUGGACGUAUGGUCGCAUAGCCAUAUUCAGCAAUGUUCCAUUUUAUAUCAUAUUUGAAGUUUCAAGAGGUGAAAAUGAUUAUGGUGUCAUUGCUUUGGAUGAUAUCUCUUUCACAGAAUCGGUGUGCAUGGGUCAGCCUCAGUUUGCUGCACCUGAGUACAGUCUACCUCCUAUUCCCAAGCUGCCCACUACCACUCCAGUGCCAUCCCCAUAUGACUGUGACUUUGAACAAGGUUUGUGUCAGUGGAUUCAGGACACUUCAGAUGAUUUUGACUGGAUAUUGAGUGUUGGCACUUUGUCAUCUCAAAAUACAGCACCAUCAUUUGACCACACAUUUAAAAACUUGACAGGUCAUUUCCUUUAUAUUGAGACAUCACUACCACAUCGUGCUGAUACAGCUCGCUUGUUGUCACCUCAGGUGGAUGUCAAUCCAUCAGGAGCUUGUCUCCGAUUCUGGUAUAUAAUGUAUGGUCCGUCUGUCAAUAGUCUGAAUGUCUAUAUACACUCUGACAAUAGUACUGCAAAAGUGUGGACACGGACUGGCACACAAGAAAACCAGUGGACAUUUGGUGAAACCCUAAUUACAAGCUACUACCGCUGUCAGAUUAUUAUUGAAGCAACUCGUGGGACCACAUUUCUGGGUGACAUUGCAAUUGAUGACAUUAACUUUUCAAACAGACCAUGUACCUCUGCUGAUACAGUUCAUCUUUGUGACUUUGAAGACAAAGAGUUGUGUGGUUUUGCACAAGACAAAAAUGAUUCCUUCGACUGGACAUGGAAGACUGCUGGAACAGACUUCAUAGGACCCAGUGUUGAUCACACUGAGGGGACAGACACGGGUCACUAUAUGUGCAUCGUGUCCAGUGCUCCACAAUACCCAGGUCAACGUGCACGCUUGAUCAGUCCCAUAUUCCCACAGACCAUUGGUUCCUGCCUCACCUUCUACUAUUACAUGUGUGGCUUCAGGAAGGGGAUGCUAGUCGUUUAUCUAGCAGAAAUGGGACCAUUUACCCCAUACCAGGUUAUGUUCCAAAAGUCAGGGAAUCAGGGUUGCAACUGGUUGCUAGCAGAAGCCCAGGUUCAGACCACGAGCAGCUUCCAGAUUUACUUUGAUGGUAUUGUUGGUAGCAGCAAUCUCAGUGACCUGGCCAUUGAUGAUGUCAGCCUGAAGCCUGGGGUCUGUCAGGGAGAUGGUGGUUGUGACUUUGAAAAUGGAUUGUGCACAUGGACAAAUGCAAGAAAUAUUGACCAGCUUGAUUGGAUGAUUUCUGAAGGAGGAAAAAGCAACAAAUAUAUGAGGCCAAACAAGGAUCACACUUUCCUCAGUGGAGAGGGACACUAUCUUUUCAUUGAUCCAAGGAAAUUGCCUCUACCUGGGCUGACAGCCAUUCUGCAGAGUCAAACGUUUGAUGCAACUAACACAGGCUGCAUAUCCUUCUGGUAUGAUUUGACUGGUAGCAAAAGCAGCACGCUUUCCGUAGUCAUGUUUACAAUACCGAGCAACACCACAACCGUGCUAUGGUCUUUGUCUGGUGAUGACGCAAAUGGCUGGGUUUUUGCUUCUGCACCCAUAAACAGUAGGAACCAACACUAUCAGCUGUGGAUCCAAGGAUCCUUUGAUUCCAGUUAUUUUGGAAACUUUGCUGUUGAUGACAUUACCUUAAUGUCAAGCCCUUGUGCAGUGAUGCCACCAAUUGCUGGUUCAGCCACUCCAAGAACAGUAUUAACUCCCACUACAACCAGCAACACAGCUCCUGUUACAACUGCUGCUACAGUGUAUGACUGCACUUUUGAAAGUGACUUCUGUCAAUGGAAGCAGGCUGUUGAUGACACUUUUAACUGGACUCGCAGUCAGGGACCAUCCGGCACUCAGUCAGCUGGACCCAUCAAUGAUCACACUCUCAGAACUGGUCAAGGAUGGUUUGCUUUCAUUGCACCAUUACAAACUCAGAAGCAGAAUGACACAGCACGUUUAGUGAGUCCCCAGAUCACAGACAACGCUCACCGUUGUCUUUCCUUCUAUUACCACAUGUUUGGAGCCAGUGUUAAUCUGCUCAAUGUCUACAUGAAAUCAUCAGGACAAUCACACCUUGGAAAUCUCAUCUGGCGAAGACAAGGAACACAGGGACUUCAAUGGCUUCAUGCUAAAAUACAAAUCAAGCCUGUAGUGUCAUAUCAGAUCAUCUUUGAAAAUAUACUGGGGUCUAGAUAUUCUGGUGACAUUGCUGUUGAUGACAUCACCUUACCAACAGGAUUAUGUGAAGUCCUCUUUCCAGAGAGUACAACAACUGCUACUUGCGACUUUGAGUCCAGUUCAGACCCUCUCUGUGGCUUUAUUCAAGAUAGAACAGAUAACUUUGACUGGAAACAGAGCAAUGGUAGCUUAGGUACAACAGAAGCUGGACCCUUUGAAGAUCACACCUAUGGCUCACUUGCUGGACAUUUCAUUUACACUGAAAAGUACUUUCAGCAUCAUGAAAAGGACACUGCACGUCUGAUCAGUAGGAUGUACACAAACCCCAAUUCCAUCCAGCACUGCCUGAGAUUUUACUACCUCAUGCAAGGCAGCAACAUAGGCAUGCUUAAUGUCUACACCACAGCUCAGAAUCAGACACUUUCUGCUCCCAUCUGGACACUGUCCAUCAGUCAAGGUUACCAGUGGAAACAAGCUAAGGUGACCAUUACCAUCAUCAACAACUUCCAGGUGAUUUUUGAAGCAGUUGUGGGCUCCACUGUCUCAGGGUACAUAGCAAUUGAUGAUAUCACCAUCACUGCUGGAGCAUGCCAGGACGCAGCUUCUUGUGACUUUGAGGAAGACCUAUGUCUGUGGACUAAUGCUUACGAUGGUUCAGAUAAGUUUGACUGGUUGCGAGUACAAGGCAGCUCCAGCACCCAGUACGUUACUCCCAGUGCAGACCACACCAGCGGUAAUAGCAGUGGUUAUUUUAUCUUCAUCGAGACUGAUCCUCCUCGUCUACAUGGAGAUAAUGCUCGGCUUGUAUCACAAGUGUUUCCAGCUUCACCUGACAGUGCAUUCUGCAUCUCAUUCUGGUUCUAUAUGUAUGGGCAUUAUGCUGGCAUCCUGACAGUUCUUGUUGUCGGUAACAUCUCCCAUGAUACCAUUACUACAGAAGCAGCUCUCUGGCAGCUAGCAGGGGACAGGGGUGAGUGGUGGUAUCACGGAGUGGUUAGUGUCUCCACAGACUACACCCAGAAACCCUUUCAGGUUAUAUUUGAAGGUGUCAUUGGAAAAGGUUUUGGCGGUAACAUUGCUGUUGAUGAUAUCUCAAUAUAUCCUGGGGAUUGUGAUAACCAGCCAGAUGAUUCAGAUUCAGCUUUGAGUGAUCUUUACUGUAACUUUGAUGAAGGAGACACAUGUGCAUGGAAGCAGAGCACAAAAGAUGACUUUGACUGGUCAAUAGAAAGUCAUUCCACCCCAGCAGCAGAUACUGGACCAUCCAAGGACCACACUGGCUCUGGUGGCUAUUACGUUUAUCUUGAAUCUUCUUGGCCCCGAAAGAUUGGUGACAAAGCAGAUCUCAUUUCAUCGAUCAUGUCACCUACUGAAGAGUUAGGUAGUAGCUGCUUUACAUUCUGGUAUCAUAUGUAUGGGCCCGUAUCGGGACCCUUGCUGUUUACACAAUCAUCCAAAACAGACUAUCCUUGCGAUGGACUCGCUCUGGCACACAGGGAGAUCAAUGGAAACUUGUCCAGCUGACAAUUAUUAGUGAUUAUGACUAUCAGAUAAUUUUCAGAGGAAUUGUGGAUGGCUCACAAGGAGACAUUGCUUUUGACGACCUUUCAUUUGAUGGUAAUGCUCCUGUCCAGCAUCAGAUGGAAAGGUGUGUGACUUUGAAACCGAC